AUGGACAACAUAAAGUCGUCGUCCGAUAGCUCUCUCGUGGCGCAGGCAUUACUGUUUGCCAAAGCACAUUUCUUUCUCGUCACAUUUGUGGCCAUUGUCGUUCGAGCCCUAUACAAGAAAUAUGCGUCUCCACUGCGAGAUGUGCCGGGGCCAUUCCUGGCAUCAUGCACGAGGUUGUGGAAAGUAUGGAGUACUUGGAAGGGACAUACCGAGCUUGACCACAUAGCUCUGCACAAGAAAUAUGGACCGAUUGUUCGAACAUCACCCAACGAAAUAUCGUUCGGCACCUGUAAUGCAGCCAAAGAUAUCUUUGCGGUGGGCAAGGGUUUCCACAAGACUAUGUUCUACAGUGUCUUUCCUCCCAAGCACGCUCCAGAUAUUUUCACCGAAGUUCGAGAAUGGAAGCAUGCUCAGAUGAAGCGAUACGCUGUCACCCCUUACAGUUUGGCACAGAUGCAGAAACGAUCGGGUCCGAUUGAGAGUAUGAUCAUGCUCCUCAUGGAGCAUUUGGGUAAAUAUGCGGACGAUUCCAGGAGGGUCUGCAAUCUAGGGAACCUGCUCCACUAUUUCGCUUUCGACGUCCUGGGAGAGGUUGCUUUCUCCAAAUCUUUCGGCUUCUUGGAUGCAGAAGUCGACAUCGAAGGAUCUAUCAAGAACAUCGAUGAUGUCCAAUGGUACGAUGGUAUUGUCGGCCAAAUCCCCGAGACCGAUAUCUUGUUCCGAAACAACCCUCUUCGGCCAUAUCUUCCAUUCUGGAAGCCACAGCCUACUACCAUGACGAAGAUUGCCGUUGCUGAGCUCGAAAAGCGCAAACAGAAGGACGGGACCUACGAUUCGAGUGGCAUCGACCUGUUGGCAGAAUUACUUAGGGCACAUGACGGCAGCCCGGACAAGUUCAGCGUCCAAGAUGUCUUCAGUAUCGCCCACGGCGCUGUGUUCGCAGGAUCCGACUCCACCGCCUCAACAAUGCAGUCGUUCUUUUACCAUGUCUUGAACAAGCCCGAGGUAUAUGCCAAAUUGCAGAGAGAAGUCGACGAAGCACAGAAGUCCGGCCAGCUGUCUGAGAUAGUCACCUACGCCGAAGCCCAGAAACUCGACUACUUCCAGGCCUGUUUGAAGGAGACUUUCCGGAUAAGACCAGCUGUUGGCUUGGGCAUCUACCGCAACGUGCCUCCCGAGGGUAUUAUGAUCGACGGCAGGUACUAUCCCAAGGGCACCGAGGUGGCGGUAAAUGGAUGGGUGCUGCACCGUGAUAAGUCCAUCUUUGGCGAAGAUGUCGAAGAGUAUCGUCCCGAACGCUGGUUUGAAAGGGAUGCGAAAUUGAUGGGUGGUCAUUUGUACAACUUUGGAGGUGGCAGCCAUUUGUGCAUUGGGCGUAAUCUUGCACUUUUUGAGAUGAACAAGGUUCUGAUCCAGAUUUUGAGGGAAUUCGAUAUCAAGCUUGCACACCCAGGUCGACCGCUGGAAUAUCAUUCGACCUUUUUUGUUGUCCAAGAAGGACUGGAGGCGUACUUGAGCAGAAGGAGUUAG